AUGGUCAAGCUCGAAGAAGUUCCCGACGAGGACCUCUACGCGCCGCAAACCGGCCCGGAGGAGGACUGGGACACGUCGUCGGAGACGAGCGACGUGUCCGAGGCCAGCGACGUGUCGUCGGUCGCGCCGGACGAGACGCUGUACGAGCGCCUGACGGCGCUGCAGGACAUGGUGCCGCCGGCGCAGCGGCGCUUCAUGGCGUCGGCCGCCAACAGCGUCACCAGCUGGGUGCAGUCGGGCUACCGCAUCAGCACCAAGUGCCUCUGGGUCGUGAGCACGAGCGCGCUGCUGCUCGGCGUGCCGUUUGCGCUGGCGUACAAUGAGGAGCAGCAGGUGCUGGAGAUGGAGCGCGAGAUGAAGAUGCAGCAGAGCGCUAAUGAGCUCGUCGCCCCCGGCAGCCAGACCGCGCAGCCCGAGACCCGCCCCGCGCUCUAA